AUGUUGGAGUGUGCGAGGACAAAAGGUCCCUGUUCAGUGAAGCCGGUGCCAGACCCGCCAACGUGCCCGCCUCCCCCUCCGCCCCCUUUCCCCUGGAUCUACGUCUGGGUUGUGGGCUCUUUUCUUAGUAUUAUGGGUAUUUUAUACAAGAUGUAUUUGUGGAGACAAGAAAAAGAGAAACUUGGCGAAAGUGUACCAAUAUGGCGCCCCCGUCGCAAAAUGAAGCGGCCCUUUCAUAGCACGGAUCUGCCCGCUUGCGUGCAGUACCUGAUAGUGGGCGCAGGCGCAGCGGGCUGGGCAGCGUAUAACGCGAUCAUGGAGCAUGACAAAACUGCCAAGGUUUUCAUAAUUUCGAAAGAGGACUGCCUGCCGUACGACCGUCCGCCGAUGUCGAAGCACAUGUGGUGGAACGCGGAUCCGCCUGAUAUCUUUCAUCUCAAUUACGUCGAAUUGGGCAAGAGGCACACUAUGUACUUGGCUAAAUGCCUUGACUUCCUGGAUCCCGUGAAGUUUUACCGCAAGAAAAAGGGUCCGGCGGUCUCCAUAGCCACGGGCUGGUGCGUGCUUCGAGUGGAUGCGGAUGACCACGUCGCGUUUGUCAAGACGCUGUGCGGCGAACAGCCCAUUUACUACGAGAGGUGCUUGUUGGCCCCAGGAUCCAAGCCUCGAAACCUCUCCAUAUUCAAGUAUGCCCCAAAAGCAGUAAGAGAUAGAGUUUGCACGCUACGCACUGUAAGGGACCUCGAGAUCGCUUACAGAAAAGUGAAGAAGUCAAAACAUGUGACCAUUAUCGGGGCUGGACCGUUAGGCUGUGAACUGGCGUGGCAUUUAGGAAGGAUGAAUAAAGCGGUGGAACGUCAUGAAGACGAAGAGCCCAUACAAUUCGUUCAGAUAUACAAAGACCGCGGGAUUUUGGGUGGAAUUGUACCGGAAUAUCUUGGUGAAUGGGCCGCUGAGAAGAUACGGGCUGAGGGUGUCAAUUGCAUGCGUCAGACUCAAGUGUACGACGCCUUUGAAUCUGCAGAUGGUCGCUUGGAGUUAACUCUAUCUAAUGGCACCUCACUUAUUACUGACUAUGUAUUCGUGUGUGUGGGUGCUGAUCCCCGCACAGAGAUGGCGGGGCCAUCGUUCUUGGAAACGGACCCUGUCAAUGGAGGUUUCCUCGUCAACACCGAACUGGAAGCGAGGACGCAUCUCUAUGUUGCUGGUGAUGCCGCGAGUAUAUACUCCCAGUGGAAGGACACGCGAAUCCGCAUGGACCACUACGGCCCAGCUGCUGAACAAGGAUAUAUAGCUGGCAGCAAUAUGACCGGAUACUGGAUACCUUGCAAUAUGGAGCCCCACUUCAGACUGUCGCUAGAGGGCGCUUUAGUCAUGGAGGUGGUGGGUGAAGUCGGCGCAUGCAUGCCAACAGUGGGCGUGUUCAAGCCCUGCAGCGAUGAAGCGAAACCCCAAGUACACGCUGCACCCGCGGACGCGUCGGGCGGAGGCGACAGACCUUGCUAUAAGAAGUCAGACGAGUAUCAAAAUCGUUACAAGCGCGGAUUGCUGUAUUACAUGCGUGACGAGUUUAUUGUGGGAAUCGUCUUUUGGAACAUGCCACCUAUGGAGAACCGAAAGGAUGUAGCCACUGAGAUACUUCGCUCUCGACCGACGUAUAAAGAAAUAAAUAAGAUUUCGGAGUUACUCGGCCUACCCGAGACGGAAUGCGAAGAAAAAGCGGAAGAGGCACUUCGUGAGACUGGGCCCUGCAUACAAAAUCGGCGUGAAUUUUGA